UCUCCGCUCUCACUCACCUCGCGGCUGCCUCGCUCACCGCACACGCCACGCUUCCCCUCGCUGCCGCCACUUCCCAUUGCCCUCGCGUACUGUUACCUUGCGUCCCUGAUUGUGAGAAAGGACAGUGAGGCGGUUCAGACUAUCACUUCAAGCACUUUGGCGUUAGUUUUGUGUGCUUCAGUGCACGUGCGAAAGUUUUAUACUGAGAGAUUAGUGUGACGUGGAGUGGCUGCCUUUGUAGUGCUGUUGUGACACCUCGUAGAAAAGAAACUUCCCUCCCUUAAUGGCUUGAAGACGAGCAGCAGCAGGAGGAGGAGGGUGAGGAGGCAUCAGUGUGAGUGGAGUCUAGUCGAAAUCUGACAGAAGGAGACGUAUGCAUUAAGGUAGAAGAAGACAUUUCAUUAUUUCCGGUCACUGCCUGCACCCCAGCGCCAGUGUUUUCCGUUGCUGCCCAGUCGUCAUGCUCGUUGCUACCUACACCUUUGCACGCACGUGAGCCCCCACACCCAACACACCACCAAGACCACCUGUGACUCCCUUCCUGUUAGCUCCAACCACUGAAAAAGAAAAUGGAAGACGGGGAAGCGUGGGUCGUAUCUAACUUCAGCAUGUACGCGUCGCCUGCUGAUGGUACAAAUGAGACUUUACCGAGCGUGGUGCAGGAUACCCAGGCGCCCGUGGUCAAUGUCACGGAGUACCUGCCUUACCACCUGCGCCCCGAGACGUACCUGGUGCCUCUGGUUUUCGCGGGUAUCUUCGUCACGGGCGUGGUGGGCAACGGCGCUCUCAUAUUUAUGUUCCUCAAGCAUCCCACGCUAAGGAGCACCCCCAAUACACACCUGGUGUCGCUGGCGGCGGGGGACCUGUUGGUGGUGCUGCUGACGGUACCCUUCACCUCGCUGGUCUACACGCUGCCCACCUACCCCUUCACGGAGGGCGUGUGCCGGGCUUCAGAGUUUGCCAAGGACCUCAGCAUGGGCAUCACGGUAUUCACACUCACGGCGCUCAGUGCUGACCGCUACAUGGCCAUCGUGCGGCCUGUCAACCACCACGUGUCGGACACCGCGGGCCUCCUCACCAUCGUGGUGGCCGUGAUCAUCUGGGUGGUGGCGGCGGUACUGGCCCUGCCUGCUGCCGUGUUCUCCAAGACGCCAAAGCUGUACACGCCCACCGGGGAGCCCUACCACAUAUGUACGCCCUACCCAGAACACAUGGGUAAUGUGUAUCCCAAGGUGCAUGCCCUAGUCAAGGUGGCGGUGUAUUACCUGCUGCCGCUCAUCCUCAUCGCCUCCUUCUACGUGCUGAUGGCGCGCCAUCUCAUCCUGUCCGCCAAGCAGCUGCCGGGGGAGGCGGCGGGGCAGCAGCGGCAGGUGCGGGCGCGCAGGAAGGUGGCCAAGAUGGUGCUGGCCUUCGUAAUCAUUUUCGCUGUGUGCUUCCUGCCGCUCAAUGUAUUCACGGUAUGGUGGCACUUGGACCCGCUCUCCGAGGAACACUAUGACAUCUACUGGCACUCCAUCCGCAUCGUUGGCUUCUGCCUGUCAUUCAUCAACUCCUGCAUCAACCCCAUAGCGCUGUACUGCGUCAGCGGCACCUUCAGGAAGUACUACAACCGACACGUGUUCUGCUGGUGCGUAGGCCGCCGCCGCAGAGGGGACUGGGACGGCGCUGACUCCACGGGCACGCGCCUCACCACCGCCAUGAAGACUGACCACGUGCCCCUCAAGACUGUGGUGGCCAACGACAACGGCAGCCAAACGGUGCCCGCACACCGCCACACGCCCCUCGCCGUCACCGCCACCACCAAAACCACCACCACCACAGUCUUCUCACGCCCCUGCCGCGACCCUGACCCCGCAUCCUUAGUGUAGACACAUGCAUCAUCCCUAGCACACCUCUAUCUCUGUUUUCCGUCACAUGCUGUACUGUCACUCUGGACUCGGCCCUCACUCGUCCUUCCCUCAGCUCCGCCCAGCAGUGCCAGUCCCAGUCCUGUGAUUGGCUAAGGUGUGGAACAACCCUCAUCUCGCCCAGCCACUACCUCGAGUCCCUGGGCUGUGCAGGUGGUGCCACAAUCCUUUGCUGCUCCUAGUUAGGCCAAGAGCAAGACUGCGCCUGCCGGGGAGGAGGUGACGAAGGGGGCGAAGGGCGGCGCUGAGGCCCUUCGCCCCACCCACCUCCUCCCUUGGGCGUAACGUGCUGGGAAGGACGUCCCUCCACCCCUACACCCAAUCUCGUGUGGGUGUGAGGGCGGCGGCGCUGCCGCGUCCUUAGUGGAACAAAUAUUCUCGGGGAGAAGAAAUACAUAUGAACAUACACAUCAUGUACAGACGUGUGUGUGUACAUGUGUAUAAAUAAUCAUGCCAAAGUGCAGCGUACUCGCGUGUUUGCAAAUGACGUAGUAGAGUGUACCGUAGAACUAUGUGAAGAGACUCCUAAUGUUUGUGAUUGUGUGAGGGAAGAAAGACUAACUUUUCGUGACUGUGUCAAAGAGAAGAGACCAAUUUUACAACAUGAAGGAGUGGGAAACCCUUGGGGAUCCGCACUGCGCCGCGUACUGCCCUCCCCUUCCUGCUCCGCCCCUCACCUGCAGGCAUGGAGCCACACCGAUGCUUUCCGUGUUAGGCCAUUGUGUGUGUGUGUGUGUGUGUGUGUGUGUUAUGCUGGUCUGGUCGUGAGGGAAGAGGCGACACUAUGUUCACUGUAAUCUUGUAAAAGAGCUUUGAAUGUUGCAGAGAGAGAGAGAGAGAGAGAGAGAGAGAGAGAGAGCUUCUGCUGCGUUGUGGGAGUAAGUUGUCAACCUGAAUGUUCAACCUUGAUAUUCAGUUAUUAUUUUAUUUACGUCGUGGCAACAACCUUCCAUUGUGACCACCGAGGCUUCUGUCUGUUUUCGUCACUUGUAAAUAUCACCACCCCACCCUUGGUCUCUAUAACCUCGCCCCUUCUUCCCUCUCCUCCCUCAGUUACCCUCAGUUUACUUCCACUUCCGCCUCCUUUCCUCACUGUCAUGACGAAAGCUUGGGAACAACAUUUUUCGCUCAGUUUUGGUAUCAGUGUAGCUUUUUGCCUCUAGAUCUCUUUGUUUAUGUUUUGUCAAUAUUACCAGCGUUAGUUUGUCUCUCUACCUUAGUGUCUCAUCGGGAACGUCAUCCGUUUAUGUAUGAUGAAACUGCCCCUUGCUUCCUUUUGUUGUGAAUGUUUUUUUUUUUUUUUCGUUUUUUUUUCCCGUAAUUAUUAUGACAUCGUGCAAUUUAUGUUUUACUUUUGCGACGGAAACUACGUAGGCGUUAUUAAAAAUGUUUUCUGUUAA